UUCCAAACCCCACCUGUGUCAAUGAGGAUUACACACGCGGACAAAGUGGAAAAAAAUUACAUCUUUCUUUCAUUUCUUUGUCAUUGAGAUUUUGCUUGGAUUCUAUGAUAUCUGCACAUGGUCAUGUUGAACCUUCGAGCUUAACGUAUCGACGUAAAUAUACCGAUGUGUGCGUGCAUCCCUCGCCUCCUUCUCCAAGAAUAUCCAGGAGACGACACUCUUCCACGGCAAGCUACCCGUCGACGCUCGUAUCAUAUCAUCGGAAAAAUCUAUCGGUGGAUGCGAUCCCGCUCAUCUCCAAUCCCACCGAACAUUCACUCUCGCAAACUAUCAGCAACAUCAAAAUCGCGUUUUCUAGGCACAGCAGUUCUGCUCGAGAUCUUGCCUAUUCAUCAAUGAUCAACAAUCAUGUCACAUCAGCACGUCACUUCAGCUCUUUUGCUCCUACGACAGUAGACAGUACGAAUUGCCACUCUCAUCAUAAUGCCAUGGCAACAAAGCCCAUGUCGCUCCAGCCAUCCUCUACGCCCCACACCGACAAUCAUGAAACCAUCGAUAUGGCCCUCCAUGCGCCAAGUCACACCAUACGCGUAGAACGGGAUUACUCACAGGGCGAUGGUAUUACGAGAUUUAGUACGGAAUUUCCUGCAGAACUUUUAGGACGAAUUAGCUUGGAGGAAUUUCAGCGCACCAUUGACACCAUCAAUGCCACUAUGGAUCGUGCGGAACGGUUGUCGCUAAGUAUUAUAUUCGACAAUAUCAUGGAGAUCCUUACCAUUUAUACGUGGCCCAUAUUCUUCUCAUCUCAUUAUCAACGGUCCCUGGAUCAACUUUUACGAUUCAUUGACAGUGAAAACGAAAAUGUAUAUCAUCCUAAAGGCAUGAGCAUCUCCAAUCCGGUGAAAGCAGCCUUCCUUUUUCUUGAAAUUAAACUGUACAGUCAAUGAUCGCUGUUGAUUCCUUUAUCUUUCCAUUGACCCUCAUCUCUCCUACGCUGGUCUCCUCCUACUCAUUGUCAUUUUCCUUCUUCAUUUUUUCUUUGUUCAUCUCGAAUCCUCUACUUGCCCUACAUCUAUGUAAUCAUUCAGUACCUUUUUUUCUUUAGCUCUUGCACCAUCGUAGGGCUAGCAUGUCAAUAGAAACAAGCAACACUCCUUGUUUCGCUGUUCAAGCUCUUACUGCGUUCUGGUUUACCAACUUGUUAUUGAUAUAUUUGAAUACACGCUAUCAUAUAAUCCCUACA